GUUUUAAUGUCGCAUUAAACUUCCUGAACUGGCAUCGAAUCAAAGGAUUUUGUUCUGUAUUUGCACGGUACAUUUCUAUAGUGCUCCGUAUCGCCUGCUGAUAACCUGUAUCCCACUAUAAACCACAAUGAGUUUGUUUGGAUCCAGUUCAGGAUUUGGGACCAGUGGUACUGGUGUUUUUGGCAGCACCACAACAGACACUCAUAACCCAAUGAAGGAUGUUGAGGUUACGUCCCCACCAGAUGACAGUAUAAGCUGCUUGGCUUUCAGCCCACCAACAAUGCCUGGAAAUUUCCUAAUUGGAGGCUCUUGGGCCAAUGAUGUACGAUGCUGGGAGGUUCAGGAUAAUGGCCAGACUGUGCCUAAAGCUCAGCAGAUGCACACAGGACCGGUGCUGGAUGUCUGCUGGAGUGAUGAUGGAAGUAAGGUCUUCACAGCCUCCUGUGACAAAACUGCCAAGAUGUGGGAUCUGAACAGCAACCAGGCUGUCCAAAUAGCACAACAUGAAGGUCCAAUCAGAACAAUCCACUGGAUUAAAGCGCCAAACUACAACUGUGUCAUGACAGGCAGCUGGGACAAAACACUGAAGUUCUGGGAUACUCGUUCCCCAAACCCCUUAAUGUCCCUUCAGAUGCCAGAGAGAUGCUACUGUGCUGAUGUGGUGUAUCCCAUGGCUGUGGUGGCCACUGCUGAAAGAGGUCUAAUAGUGUAUCAGUUGGAGAAUCAACCAUCAGAGUUUCGGCGUGUAGAUUCACCUCUAAAACAUCAGCAUCGUUGUGUGGCCAUCUUUAAGGACAAACAAAACAAACCCACUGGCUUUGCACUGGGCAGCAUUGAAGGAAGAGUGGCCAUUCAUUAUAUAAACCCACCCAAUCCAGCCAAGGAUAAUUUCACCUUCAAAUGCCAUAGAUCCAAUGGCACCAACACCACCACACCACAAGAUAUUUAUGCUGUCAAUGCCAUUGCCUUCCACCCAGUUCACGGCACACUGGCCACUGUGGGCUCAGAUGGCCGCUUCAGUUUUUGGGAUAAGGAUGCUCGGACAAAGCUGAAAACAUCUGAGCAGCUUGAUCAGCCAAUCACAGCUUGCUGCUUCAAUCACAAUGGCAACAUUUUUGCUUACAGCUCCAGCUAUGACUGGUCAAAGGGACACGAGUACUACAACCCUCAGAAGAAAAACUACAUCUUCCUGCGAAAUGCUGCUGAGGAGCUCAAGCCUCGGAACAAGAAAUGAUCCAUCAUGCUGUCACAACUUGGAAGACGUACUUAAUCUGUAAAUAUGGAAGAGACCGAGAGACCCACUUAUGGCAAACAUCUGGACCAAUCACAUGUCACUGCAUACAUUGUAUGGACCAAUCAGAUGGGGUCAGCAACCCCUUUGCAGUGGUGAUGGAAAUCAAAUUGCUAUUGCUUUGAAAAAAGCCAUGCAACAGUAUUGUUUCUAUAUAUAUAUACAUAUAUCACUUUCUCCUUUUUUUGUACUGAGUUCCAAAAAAUAAUAAAAUUCAACUUCAUUGCUGUCACAACAUGGUGUACAAUCCUAAUUGUGCAAAAACAAUUAAAGACUAUCUAAAGAA